GAUAGGCCGAAAAGCACCAGAUUAGCACUCCGUAGGGGAUCUUUUCUCUUCACUUUCUUCGUUUCACGGGAAGACGAUCGGCGCCCCAUGGACGGUUCGUGGUUCCGACGCAGCUUUUUCAAGGACACUGAAAAGACCAAAAACCCAGGUCUCUCGGACCAACGCGUCCAAGACGACGAGGACAUACUCGGAGUUACAGAGCAAUUGAUCAAUUACGUCAAGUCCUUCACUUUAGAAACCUUCAAGAAUUUUCCUUCCGCAGAUGAUUCGGGAGGUAAACGUGGUGAUGAUUCUUCAGGCAGUGUUCGGAAUGAUCUCUCAGAAUGGCAGGAGCGACACGCGAUCCUUAUUCUCUCCAAAGUGAAGGAAAUUGCACAUCUUAGAUAUAAGCUUUGCCCACGUUACUUGAAGGAAAGGCAAUUUUGGAAAAUAUAUUUUUCGCUUGUGAAGAGUCAUGUGGCCGAGUAUGAGCUACAAGCCAUAAGAAGAGUGAAAAUCAAAGAGAUGGCAUUGGAAAAUGGAAAAUCAACGACAGAUAGGACUGCAUGUGAAGUUGAGAUGGCAGAGACAAAGAACCCAGCAAAUUUACCGCCUGCAACUCCAUAGCAUUUAUUGCUAUUGUGCAUCUCUUUUCGACAGAAUUAUGAGCAUGUGCAGCAAAAACUGGUUCUGUAAUCUUUCCAUCUGACAAGGCAAAACGGAAAAAAAAAAAAAUAAAUCUUGUGGGUGCAGUUUUAUUUUG